UUCCUACACUCUUUGAUUUUGUUGGCCACCAACCCAAUCUGGUUUCCUAAUAAUUACACCAAACAAUCCUCUUCUCUUCCAAUUUUCUUCCACCGCUCCCAUUUCCGGCGUGACCUAACCACCACCGUCUUUAAUCUCCGAAGCCCCGCCGUGUCCACCGCAACUUUUAUAUUCCAUUCUCUAUCCUCAAGACCCCCGCGCCAAUUUCAGCAAAGGACAGACCUCCACGUGCACGGCAAACCCCUGACCACCUAUCCAUCCCGAGAGAAGAGGCGUGAAGCGGCGACGUCAGAAACCCAGGCCGCUGCCUCUAUCUCCGGCGAGGCUUCCUGGAGCUGCGGCUAGUUGAUCCCACCUUAACCCGAGCUCCCUUGGUGCUGUUCUGACCCUGGAUGAUAUGGUGAGAUAUUACAGAAAUGCAUGUAGGAUGUUUGCCCCUGCUCACGAUCAGCUCUUGUUGAGGUUGUGACCAACAGGUAUCAGAGGUUUAAUUAAGGUUGUUACAGCAAGCAAGUAAGAACUACCCAACUACACUCACUUUUGCUUUCUAUGCUUAAAAAUCAAAGUAUGUUCUCUCUGACAAGAAAUUGCUUCAAGUAUCGUACUACCUACUUCAGGAGGAAUAUCCCAAGUGAAACCAUACGCUCCACACUCUCAUUUUGCCACAAAUUUCAUGACCCCAAUGAGAAAUAUUUACUCAGGAUUGUUUUUUCUCAUCACACCCACAAAUUUGAGCGCUCUUCAUUCCAAAUCAACAGUAGUUGCACUCAAUUCCCUGUCCCAUUUGCACCCUUUAGUUCUCCCUAUUCAACAAAAGCUCCUUCAAGAUCUUACCGAAGACGAGCCAGAAAUAGGUUGUUGAAGUCCUCCAAGCCUACCCUAGACCAAGCCCAAUUUCAGUUGGCACUGUCCCAACUUCCCCCAAGGUUCACUACUGAAGAACUGUGCUCUGUGAUUGCUCAACAAGAUAAUCCCUUGGUUUGCUUAGAACUUUUUCACUGGGCAUCUCAACAGCCACGAUUUCGGCACGAUGUGUCCACGUUUCAUAUCACCAUAAAGAAGCUUGGUACGGCAAAGAUGUUCCAAGAAAUGGAUGACAUUGUGAACCAACUGAUUGCAGUUCCUUUAAUUGGUUCAGAGGCAUUGUUCAACACAGUUAUAUAUUAUUUCACUCAGGCACGGAAGCUUACUAGAGCUGUCAAUGUGUUUAAGCACAUGAAAAGUAAAAGGAACUUAAUUUGCUGUUAUAGGCCCUCUAUUAGAACCUAUAAUAUUCUUUUUGCUGCAUUUUUGGGUAGAGGAAGCAACUCCUAUAUAAACCAUGUGUAUAUGGAAACAAUUAGAUGUCUGUUUAGGCAAAUGGUCAAUGAUGGGAUCAAGCCUGAUAUUUUUUCAUUGAAUUCUAUGAUCAAAGGUUAUGUGCUAUCUCUUCAUGUUAAUGAUGCAUUGAGGAUAUUUCAUCAAAUGGGUGUGGUUUAUGAUUGUCAGCCCAAUGCGUUGACAUAUGAUUACUUGAUUCAUGGCUUGUGUGCCCAGGGCAGAACAAAUAAUGCCAAAGAGUUAUUUAAUGAAAUGAAGACCAAAGGUUUUGUUCCUGGUGGUAAAUCUUAUAACUCGCUUGUCAACUCGUUGGCGCUUGGUGGAGAGAUUGGUGAAGCAGUAAAUUAUCUGUGGGAGAUGACCAAUAAGCAAAGGUCACCUGAUUUUAUUACAUUUAGGACUGUACUGGAUGAGAUAUGCAGACAAAGAACAAUUCAGGAGGGCAUGCGUUUUUUGCAGGAGUUGCAAGAAAAUGACCUUGUAGAUGGGCAUGCUUACAGGAAGCUUCUUUAUGUGCUUGAAGAUGACUAUGGGAAUUCAGUAGGUAGAAACAAUGGAAUUGAGUGAGCAGAGUUUUUUUCAGUCACUGUAAAUUCCCAUUCUUUUAUCAUUGUAGUUGGCUGUUUAUUUAGUUUUAAAGCCAUGAGAUAUUACAUGUAUUGUAUAGUAGGGCACAUCCAAAUGAUGGUGCAAGGGCUUUGUGAGACUACCAAUUUUGAUCAUGUGGACUCUUUAUCUGAUAUCAAAAUUUGCUUUGCAGAAGGAAUGUGAAUGAUAGGACUUUUUGAUGAGGUUCGGAUGCCAUUAACAGAAAAUGACCGUAAUCCAAUACUAAUUGACAUAAAGACUCAUUCUCAAGAUACUCUUCCUGCUGAACCGGAAGGAAGAAAUGGAAGGUUUGCUUAUUUUUGUGUCCUUUCAUUUCAUUAUGUUGGAUAUGAAAUGUCAUCUUAAUUUAUUGGAUUGAAUCCGUGUGUUGAUCUUAUUUUUAGCAAGCUUCAAUUUAUGCUUAACAAGUAUUUGUAGGACGAUUUGGUUGCUGAUUAUUACCCUUAAUUUUUUAACUUAUUUAUGCUACAUGUUACUAGAUCAUUCACUCUAAAGUUUCCAUGAUGACAUAUUGGAUUCAUCCACUAUGAAAAUAGUCUGCUAUAAAAGUUUCAGCUGAUUAGGGAGUGAAGCAUGACAUUUACAUGAUUUUCUUUCCUACUUUUAUUAUUGGAAAAUGCAAACCCUGAAUGAUGUGGUGAGAUAUUACAGAAAUACAUGUAGGAUGCUGACGUCUUGCUCAUGAUCAACUCUUGUUGAGGUAUGCAUCUUUUGAGCCAAGGGCUAAUGUGCUUAAUUUGUAUAUUUUGACUGCCAAAGUUGUUCUGGACAAUAACAAGGCCUCGUGAUAACUUUCACCAAGUAUCACUUUUAAAUGCAAUAUUACAAUCCUUUACACUGACUCGUCCUUUCCUAAACACAUUCAUGCACACACAUUCACAUCAAUUGCUUAUUUUUUUUUUAGUAAAAACUUGAAAUGUUGACUCGAUUAUUCAAUGAUGAUAAGUAAAUUUUGAUAAAUUUAUCAGUCACAAUGAGUAGCAGUUGGAUUGCACUACAUGCCCUUGUUCACAUGGUUGUCUUUGCUUCAUGUCAAAUAUGAAUAUCCGAAAGUUCAUUCACGUUUUGGAGAAGAUAAAUUUGCACAUGAUCAUGACUGACUAAAGAAUCAAAUUUGUUCUUGCCUUGGAUAGUAAGAAGCCAAUGCUGGAAAUGUGGACAAGGUUUGAGAGAUCAAAGGAUUAAGCAUGUAGAUAUUCAUACAUGUAGGAUGACUUUUAUAUGGUACAUAUGUUUGACUAUGUUUCAUUGUAUAUUUUGAUGAUCCACCUAUAUGAUUGCGUUGUUUUGUGAAAA